AUCAUCCUGAAUUCCAUGCACAAAUACCAGCCCCGGCUCCACAUCGUGAAGGCGGACGAGAACAUCACCCAGUUAAAGAUUGAGAACAACCCCUUUGCAAAAGGCUUCCGCGGCAGCGACGACAUGGAGCUCCACAGGAUGUCCAGGAUGCAGAG